GUGCAAGUCGAUACCCGGAUCCUCAUCAGUGCCGGGUUCGCCGUCCACGUCUCCCCCCCCCACUCCCCGCUGCCACCGCCGCCGUGAGCUUCCCUCUCCCUCGACUCUCCCCCUCGUCUCUCCCACGUAGGGAGAGCCCCUAGCUCACCCAACCACCCCCCGUCAUCUCUCUCUGUCUGUCUGUCCGUGGUGUCACAAUGUCGUCUGCGUGGAGCGGCUUCUCCGAGGAGGACCUGCGACGCAUGAAGGGGCAGAGCGACACCCCAGCCGGACGCGACACCAACCGCAGCCGGCGGCACCUCCAGAAGGACGGGCGCAGUGUGCGGCGAGGAGGGCAGACGGCUCGCCCAGGAGGGACCAGGCUCGGAGUGGAGGAUCGCGGCCCAGCACCUGAUCCGGAGCUCGCGGCAGCCAUGCUCGCACCCACGCAAGCACGCCCGGCUUCGACGCUGCACGAGGCUGCGAGCAAUGCCACACCACCGGUGGUUGAGACGAGGCCGCGUGAAAAGGAGGUGGUGACGGAGAGACUUGGUGAACCUUCUACCAAGGCCCAGCCCCGGGCGAGUGUGGAGACGACGCAAUGUGGGGGUAAACAAGUGGAGGUUAAGGAGCUGGAUAAGGAUGAGGUGCAGAGGAGAGAGCUGACGAGGUUGGAGAUGAUGCAGCAGGAGCAACAGCACAUGGAGGAGGAGAACAAGCGCAAGCGCAAUAUGCUGGCUUCUGCCAUCGCAGAGAGCGCUAAGCGCACGCAGGCCGAGUCGGCGAGGAUCGCCAGCGUCCGCAAGGAGCUCAACGAGCUGGACGGAGCGCUGAGCUGGGAUGUUGCGCUUCUACGCAGCAAGAUCGAGGAGGCCUGCAUGGCGUACCACCACGCGCGCAAGCGCUACGAGCGCGCGGAAGCCGAGUUCGUCGCCUCCAAGCUGGAGCUGCACCGGCUGGAUGAGCGGCGCGAGCUGCUUGCCGAGCACCUGUGCGUGGUGAUCCGGCAGAGCGAGGCGCGCAAGGCGGAGCGGCUCGAGACGCUCAUGAAGGCCCUGCACCUCGACAGCUCCGCGCCUCCGCCGGCCCUCGCAACGGAAGCGGACACAGCGAGGGGGGUCGGCGGGGGGGCAAAGGGGAUGGCGGCUUUGGCAGCAGAGUCGGCGACGGGCGAGGGGACGGUGGCGUCAGACGCGGAACUGGUCACAGCCAAGGCGGAACGUGAGGCUGCGACAACCGGGGAGGCGGUGAAGGCGGCCGUGCCGACGGCCAGCGCAGGGGACUCGUCUGUUGACGUUGCCGUGGUCGCGGUGUCAAGCAGUUUGGUGGAGGGCGCAAGGCCACGGCCCGAAGUGACGGAGGUGAAGCAGCAAAUUGUCAAUGACAAUGGAGCAUCAACCGCGGCGGUGUGAUGGGUGGAAGAGACCAAUGUUAACGCAACCCUGAGGUAUCUUAUAAAUGAAAGAGCAGCGCUCGAGUUAAGUGGACACCAUUUGGUGAUUACAGUGGUGAAUUUAGAUCAUAAAUAGGCGGGAAGUAGCUUUCGUAGUUGUCUUGAUUCGAUGCCAUUCAGCCUCCACACUCAUGACUCGAAUGGUGUAAGGAUUAGUUAGGUUUUGUAUUUUGGACUUUAUUGUACUGGUGAGUGUUAGGGUGAAUAUUAGAGUAGUUUAAAGGAAUACUCAAUCAAUAAAGAAUAGUUAUUGUAUUACAUCUUCAAGACAAUGGCAAUUCACAGCAAUGUGGCAUACAGUAUGCUUUUGAACAGGCAAAACUAUUUGCACAUCUAUUUAAAAAUCUACUUUAACUUUUUAAAUCCACGGGGACAUAAAUUGUUUUUGUUUACAUUAAAAUAUAUAUUUUUAAAUACAUUUAUAUGACCUGCCAUCACCACCAAAUCCACCGCUGUUGGCCCAGCCUCUACUAACCCCUCGGCUUUUCUUGACCUCCGCUCUGCGUCGCUGUUCCUUCCUCCCCCUAUUCAAUCUGUCGCUGCCCACCGCACGCUCUCUUGGCCCUUUCUACCUCAUCAGCCACAUGGCCUCAGUCCUCUGAUCCCUGUGCUCUCAAUCCCAUCAGCCCAGGACUCAGCCCAGGACUCAGCCCCAUCUGCUUCAUGCUGUUAUCCCAAUAGCAUAAUUGGCUUCAUACUUUUGACCAUCUGCCUCAUUCUCUUAGGUCUGUGCACCACAUGUCUUUGAGUCCCAACAGCUCCAUGCUCAAACGUAUUAUUUAUGUACAUCGUCAGAGACAUCGGAGUAAAACUAAAUUUAUUUUACCAGGUAAGGCCCACUGACCGAUACGGCUCUUUUUCAGAAGCGACUUAGCCACAAAUGAUAGCUCAACGAAGUGGCUUAUCAUCGCGUGGAAAUGUAUAGCAGCCAAAAACCCUAGACACGUUGCUAUUAUUAAUCUGACACUCAAACGCUCUGCUUUCACUACUUACACUUCUGGGUUUAUUUUUUAAACAUUCUUUAUUAAUGUCGGGGUUUGUACGAUUAUGUAUCGAGUGCAGGAGUCACGUCUUUAUUUUAUAAACUGGGGCUUCGUGGGCUCAAGGUCACGCACGAUGCACUUGCGAGAGUGAUAACGGUUUUCAGUAUCGAUCUGGCUGAUGGAUAGUUCACGUUGCACCGAUGACAUCCGUGGAUACGAGUUUGUUUUUCCGUACCGAGAAUAUGGUGGCGAUGCUUGUGCCCCAGAAGAAAUUUGAUGCAGGAGUUGAAGAGAGCGCAUCUACCAUGUGACUCUUGUCAAGCACUUUUAUGAGCUUACCUCCAUCCAUUGGUCCUCUGCCACAGCAACCCUAUCAUGGCAGAUGACUACCCCCCCCCCCCCCCACAGCACCAGCGAACACCACGUGGUGGCAUUUCACACUUGAGUUGUUUCAGAACUGUAAUCCAGUAGGCCCGUCGCUUCAAUAUUUCCAGGUCGUUGAAACAAUGGUGCAAAUUUCUUAAAACCGCCACACCACUGUCCAUCCAGUAGGAUAGAUGGGUACACCGCAAUUGGCAGGUCGUGUGUGGUAGCUUAUGUUUGGGUACUUAGUUUUAUACUGGAUUCCUCCAGUAUAAAAUAUUCUGAAUGCCAAAAUAACAUCAAGAAAUGGUUUCUAGAGCUCCCUUUAGUGGAGGCCUUUAUGCCAGCAAUGGCAUGAACAAGCAAUUUUCAGGGCCGCACCAUUGCAUUUCAUUUUAUUCUGACUUCAGGGUAAGAAACAUGAAUACACCAGCAGUGCUGUGGUGUCGAGAUUCAAAGAACACACCGAGAUGCAUUACCUUUGUUUCUUAAUUGUAACAAUUAUCUCAUCUGUGCCAUUGCUGUUGAGGUACACAAAUAUUUAUUUCUGGGACUCCAUACACUACAAUCGCGUGAAUUUUAUCUGCGUUCACCCACAUCUGCAAAGCCGAUUGUUUUACAUGAAAAUUGAUUCGCACCAGUUGGACGGUUUGCAAGAUCAAAUCCUGUUUGGGGUUAAUUCAGCCAUGCAUUUUUCUGGGGUAGAUUAAAUGUUCAGGCACAGUCCUGGGUGACUGAGCUGAUAAAAUAAAGUUGUUACACGGUGAUAGAGAUUAACAAAAAAAAGGUCUUACACGCAAGAACCUGUAUUAAGCUUGGGCAGGACCCCGAGAUUCAAAAACCAGCAUCUCAACGGUGAUGGCUCAAUGUUCUGAUGUAUCCAUACUGAACUCUAAUGCGCUACCCAGCCACCUUAAAGUAAACUUAAUUGUUUAAAAUUGCACUGAGAUUGGGCGAUUGAGGACUCUAACGUGGAUGUGAACUACGGAACAAUUCCACGUUAUGUAUCGAAAAGCAUCGUUUUUCAACGAAUGAAAUUGAGUCAGUGUGUUUUGUGCGCCUCUGAAUCAACAGUGAUUGAUGUAUCCAUGGCUUUUCACUGCAAGCGUUUUCAAGGGAGCUACCAUAAUGGCAGCAUUGCUACUUAGUUUGAUUGCAACGAUGAGUCAAUUAACAUUGAUUCUCAUGCUCACAAUGCAUGCAUCGCAUUGUGUGUUUAAGGAUCAACUAUUUACAAUUUUUUAUGAAAUGUAAAUUUUACCGAUAUACCGAUGGAACAAACAAGACCGCACGCGGGAUGGGCAACACAAACCAGACAGAACUUAUUGUGAAAAAAAAAGGUUUUAAUCAAAUAAUCGCCCCCAAAUCGACAAGGCUCCUAGCUAGAAAUGCAAACGGAGGAGAGGAAAGCGGAGAGAGGAAUGAGACGGCACGUGAGGGGCUUGGACAGAGCGGCCGAGCAGGGAGAGAGAGGAGUCGGGUGUUGUCACGAGAAGGGAUCAUCCGAGUAGACUACUUGAUUGCGUCGAUCUUGGUGGAGCCCCUUGGCGCUGUGCCCCAGCGCUGUACACACACACACAAAUGCGCGCACAAA